AUGAAUUAGGGCUCUUAAUUUUAAUAGAGUUAAGAUUUUAAAUGUAAAGAUCAUCCUGAAAACCUGUUCUUUUUUGGUGUAUAUCAAAUGAUUUCAAGGAGAAUCAAAUUUUCUCUCUGAAUUGUCAAAAAUAGAAUAUACAUGCUUAACAUGAAAAUGAAGAUGUCCUCAGUAUUCAAGAAUUACAUUAAUUUUUAAUUGAAAAAUCAAAACUUUCUAAAGGUCAUAUUUCAGAAUGUCAAAUUUAAUUCUAAUCAACAAUCAAAUCAUAUGAGAAUCUUAUGUUUGGUCUAUCACAAAAGUUUUGCGGAUUAGAAGGUAAAAUCAGUAAAUUAAACUUUAUUAAACAUAAGAAGCACUUGAUUCUAUUGAUUAGCUUUUAUGAAUUUAAGAAUCAUUUGAAUACUAAUUUUUAGGAUUGUUAUACAAAUUAAAAAAAAUUUAGAUGA